GGGCUCAUGUUGACCGUGACGAAGUUUCUCUGCACUUCACCGGUCGCCAAGGUGGCAGCACAGCGAAUGGUUUGACGGCUCGUUGGAAAUAGCCGCCGUAAUUGCGCAGGGGAUGGCAGACACGGCCUCCGAGGAGGAGAGGGAGUUUCAGAAGAUUCUGGCUCUGAUCGGAGGCAGAGAGAGGAUUUUUCUGGUGACUGAUCCGUGUCCAAGUAAAGAGGUGGACGGGGAGGACGCCGGGAUACUGCAGGAGUUCAUCGGCGACAUGUUUCCCGACUGCCUGUCGAGAAACGGACUGCUCCUGUCACCUCCGUCAGCUGUAAGUGCAGAACACACGACGGAGACUGUGAAAGACGAUGACAUACCUCUCACGGCGAGGCCCGGGGAUUUGGGCUCGGGAGCCCGUCCGGAGGUCGAGGACAAGCAGCCAACGCGCAACGGCACCGUUCAGAAGACAGCCACGAGGAGGGCGAACAUCUACAGCAUGAAGCGAACCAUAGACUCUCCUCUCAUCAUAUUCAUCUUCAGGCAGACAUUUGUCAGCAACAAUUCCAACCGACUGUGCUUAAAAGAGAUCCUAAAGGACGUAAAAGCGCGCACGAAACGUGCGAGAAUCGCCCAGCCAGCUUUGAUUGGAUUAAUACGCGCCAGACAGGAGUGCGCCGAGACGCGUCAGUGUGCGCAAAUCCUGGAGCAUCUGAUGCGCUCAGUGUUCCACAGACACUCACCAGAGACCAUGUGGGUCGGCUGUUUCAUCCCGAAGACUGAGGCCCAAAUGCUCACCAUCAAGAGAAACGCCCGCAAAGUUAUAAACUUAUCUCAAACCGCAGAUAAUACCCGGGAUAGAGGGAACCCGCUUUUCUGGCCAUUCCAAUGUUUGUUCUGGCCUCAGAGAAGAGGACUCAGAGGCCAGGCCAACAACUCUCCAACCAACAGGAAACAAGGUGACACUGAAAGUACAGAGGAAAGCAUCCCACUGAAAACCAAUUCCCUGACUGUUGGACCCCCUGUGGAUGGAGAGUCAGCUGGAAGAGACAGCUGAUCACAUGACCUGCGGCUGGAGGCUUAUCACUCUGGACAAUCCUGUUUUUUAAUGUUAAGCUGGUGCUGCCAUGCUACAGAGCCUUACUACAUGUUACUGUUUCUUCAUGUUAUCAAUAUUCCUACGGUUGAGCCACAGUUAUUCAUGGCAUGAAGCGCUGUGUUAAUUGUCAAAUCUGUUGGUCUCUUGUUUGUUUCCACAUGGUCUUUGAUGUACAAUCGUAGUCAGAAAGGGAUUUACUGUGUAUGUUAGGGGGUAACUGUUGUCAGUUAGUCAACCGAACUAUAUUGCAUCCUUGAACACUAGUUUGGCUUUAUUUUGUCAUUGCUUUUUCCUUUUUACACGGGCCUAGAUAGAGAGUUCAUUAUGCCUAGGCUUAAAACUUAAAGUAAAAAUAGUCUUUCAACAUAAUGUAAGGCCAAGUACAGCGUAGGAUUACCACCUAGCCUCAGACCUCCAGUGGCCUCAAAUCUCCCAUGCUUAUUGUGUGUCAUCUGGUCUUUUGCUAAUUUUUAAUGACAAUUUAUUUGAACAUACAUCACCAAAUCUUAACAUCAGCUGACACAAUAUGGGCCUUAGGUGGGGUCCUGUUUCUAUAUAGGGGACCAGCAGCUAUUUUUCCCCCUUAGGCCCUGCAUCUGGAUAGUCCUGCCAUGCUUUAUUGAUGUCAGUUUCUUAAUAUUUCGUCUUUAAUUUAUUAGAAUUAUGUGCCUUAUAUAAUUGCUAUUGAUAAUUGUGUAAUCUCUAAUAAAAAAAAAAUAGAUGAAACUA